UGGCACCGCAGAAGCCAUGUCACCUGUAACUCGUCUUCUGUUCCUUGAACAGGUGCUGUUGAUCUGCGCAUCUUGCCAUGAGAACGCAUACAACACGUGCAUCGUUGGAUCCGUUCCUGAUAUGGCCGUCUUCGACUGGGAAGUGCCUGUCAGCGACACCCUCGGCACCAGAUACUAUGGAAGCAUCACGGGAACUUCGUCCUGUCCUAUAAAAGCAGCGGAUUCAGCAGCCUGCGUCAGUGGGCACGGUGGCACCGCAGAAGCCAUGUCACCUGUAACUCGUCUUCUGUUCCUUGAACAGCUGGCCUCGUCAUGCUGUAUGAAACCCUACAGCUCCCACGUGUUUCCAAAGAAAGCACCAGCUGCACCAACUCUGCCAUGGACGAGUACAUGCAUGGUGCGCAAGUCUGCAUGCAUCUCCCGUUGCAGGACAAAUGGUUGUGGCGUUGGAUUAUUACUGAGUUCGCCUUAGUGGGUAACUACCAUUACUUGGAAACAAGAAGACGAAGCACGAAGAAGGCGCCUGUUCUGAGACGGUCGCUGACUAAAUUAGGCUGUUCUCGGUCUUUGUGACGGGAAAACAAAAAGAUGGGUGACCGAUCUCAACCGGAAGCAUCGCGCCACACAGUGGUGGUACCCCAGCAAGAGACGAAGAAUAGCCAGGUGCUCGUGGUACUUGUGCUGGCGGUGGCAGGGUUGGCGCUUGUCGGGCUUGUGAUCUUCAUGCUAAUCUCCAAUUCCACGGAGUUUAACGCCAAUGGCCCUAAAAGACAAGCGGAAGACGCCACCACAGAAGCGCCACCUGCUCCCUACGUGACUCCCGCGCCUCGCACGCCGGCCACGAAUGCGACGAAUGCCACGCCUACCACGCCUGCCAUCGCAAGCCCCGAGGCGCACCACAAGAAACGACGUCACACAAGGCGUCACUACACGAUGGCGUCAUAUCAUCCCCAUAACACCAAGAGCACCAAGCGCGUCCAUAACGCUGGUAGAACUCGUCACAUGGACGAUGCAUCAAACGUAACCAGUGACGUUGGUGGUGAAAUUUCUGCUGCGAGCUCCGCGUCGUCGGUGAAUCUCACAUACGAUGCAAGCUCCACGUACACCGGUGACGAGACGACGAGUGUAGGGUCUACAGGUAAAGGUGGCGGCAUCUCUCUCGCAGAGAGUGCAACAGGCUCGCCCGAAUCUAACGCUACGAGACCAUUGAAUAUCGUUGUAGCGUCUGGAAAGUCGUCGUCACGGCCCUCAACAAAUGGCUCGGCUUUGAAACGCUGGAACGCGACGGCGGGAACAGACACAUACCCGCACGUACAUCUAGAAACACAGGCUUAUGAUGAUUACUGACCGGGUGCACAGCCACAGAAUAAAUCUGGCACUUUAUUAUUGUU